CUUCCCUCUGUUUUGCUUCACCACCCGCCUCCCAACAGCAAUGUCUGCGACCCUCGGUAGGCAGCUGCUGGAAGUGUUGCAGACCGAUCUGCGCACCAUCUCGGCCGAGGCCAAGAAGAAGCACCCAACCGUCAAGGACGCGGCCGAACAUGGCAUACUCAGGUUGCGCUCUGUCGCGUCGGCAAGUUCGUCGUCCAAGCCAUUCAACGAAGUGCUCGCCGAAACAGACGAGGUGCUGGCUCCGUUGCUGAUGGCGUGCGACUCCAAAGCGCCAAAGCUCGUGCAGGUGGCCAUCAAUUCAGUGCACAAGCUCAUCUCACACAAUGCCAUCUCCCAGUCCAUGGUUGGUCCCGUCAUUAACACGCUCUGGCAAUUGAUGGAAGAGAGCCUCGAAGAAGUCAAAAUCCUCCAAUGCUGCCUCUCCUUCAUCACCAGCAGCCUUCUGCUCCAUGACGAAACACUUUCCAAGGUCAUCGUGGUGUGCUUUAGGUUGUACUUUAAGAAGGAUGCGUUGACCACAAACACGGCCGCUGCUACCCUGCGGCAAAUUCUCACAGUUGUGUUUGAUCGAGUGACACUGGAAGACACCUCUCCGGAAGUUACAAGCCAUCUAAAGCCCACUUCGACUAUCGCAACAACACUGGCACUGGGCAACGACUCUGACUCGGACACUGGUGGUGCCGCCAAAAAUCGUCGUGUCUUGAAAGCGCUUGGCCCGUGCGCCUUGGAUGCUUACCUGCUUUUUAACGAUCUCUGCCGGCUCACAAACGGAGACGUUCCUCAAUGGCUGGUGGGCGUUGUUGAGAUGUCCCGAACGUUUGGUCUUGAGCUGAUCGAGUCGUCACUGAGCAAUCAUCCCGAGCUCUUUUUGAAGCAUGAAGCUCUCAGCUUUUUGCUCAAGGAAAAAGUCUGCCCGCUCGUCAUCAAGCUGUUUUCGUCGGGCAUGAAGUACCACAACAAUGCUGCAGCAGACCGCGCGAGUUUCCCCGUGUCUACCCGUCUUCUGAAGCUUGUGCUCAUUCUAGUGCAAAGAUUUUACAAUCUUCUGGUCACCGAGUCGGAAAUCUUUCUAUCAAUGCUCGUCAAAUUCCUCGAUCCCGACAAGCCCAUGUGGCAGCGUGCUGUCGCCUUGGAAGUCAUGCGAGGACUGGUGCAACAUCCAGACAUGCUGAUGGCCAUUUGUGAGCACUACGACAUGCAGCCACAGGCGACGCAAGUUUUGCGAAAUAUGGUGGCCGGCAUUGCCAACUUUAUCACAACGCUCCUCGCCAACGCGGCCGCUGGUCUUUCAGAGCAGCUCGGGGCGUUUCCACCUGGAGUUUACGCGGGCAGCGGCGGCUUGACGCCCCCUCUUGGCCCCUCCGUGGUCGCUUCGAGUGGCACGACUGGUGGUGCGCUGUCAAGCUCGACCGCGAUGGCAGUGAUUGGCGCCGGAGCCGGCGGCCCGCUGAAACCGCAACUGGCCGAGUCGACCAAGAAUUUGUGUCUGGAAUCGGGCGACAAGACGGAAGCCCCGGUUGUGUCGGAAACAUACGCCUUGUCCAUCGGCUUGGCGUGUAUGAUCACGCUGAUUGAGAGUCUUUCAGCGAUUGUGACCACACACUGGGCUUUGCGAAACAGCCAAGGUGACAAGAAGGCAAUGUGGUCCCUGCCCUCGUCCGCUCACACGCCCACUGCCACAACAGCGGUCGUCGACGCAAACGGCCUUGCGGGAGACGAGUCUCUCAUGCGGGAUCUCAAGCGCACCAUGGAGGAGAUCCGCACCGACGCCCAGUUUCCAGUUUGGCGCGAGCUGGUCGAGUCGACCUGGGGCGCCAUCUUGCAGAGCUUGGCGCAGCUUUUGCAGAGCAGUCGAGACGACGAUGUCACUCAGGCUAUCAUGCGAUCCUAUCAGACAUACACGAAUCUCUGCGGGGCCUUGGACAUGAAGCCCCCACGCGACGCCUUUUUGGUUUCGCUCUGCAAGUUUUCCUUGCCGUUCAACUAUGAUCCGCGGAUUGAGCCGCCUCCAAUUCACGCGCAGGCAUCCUUCUCACAUGUCGGUGUUGGCUCGCUCACUCUUUCCAGUGCAAGCGGCGUGUCUCCUGGUGUUGGAAGUGCCAUGUCCUCCACGAACAGCGGCGGCGUCGGUGGCGGCGGCUCGAGCGGCGGUGCGACUGCGCCGACCGGCGGCAAUGCGGGAGAUAAGGAUGCCAAGAACGCACCUGUCGGCAACGGUUGGGUGCUCAACAGCAUGAAUAUUGCGGCCAUUCGCGCGGUGCUCUACAUUGUCCACUGUUUGGGCGACCUGCUGGGCGAAUCGUGGUCUAUUGCCUUGGAAACCCUCAUGCAUCUCGAUUCUAUCGUCGGAGGCUCUGAAACAUCGCUGGCGUUGCUGGCGUCGUCCAAUCGCCGCAUCACAGACAACCGGUUGAACCUCAGCUCGAGCGCAACUGCCCAGUCUGGCGUCUCGCAAUCUGAGCUGAGCGUUCUCGCCACCAUGCUUUCGAGCUUGUUUGAAAGCUCCUGCUACCUGGAUGACUCUGCUGUCCGAGCUCUCGUCAACGCCCUAUGUCUCAUUGGGCAUGAGCCAAUCGGCUCGCCGCUGUCCAUGUUGGUUUCAGGCAGCGUCUCCAAGGAGACAUCCUCGUCGUCGCUGUUGACCAGCUCGACACCCUCGAGCAAACUUCGCGAUCUGCAUCGCCAUGCAAACGCCUUUGUGACGUGCAGGAUGUGGGAGCUUGGCUCUGUGAAUCUGCACCGGGUGGGCGUCUUUUGGCCCUUGAUUGAGCGGUAUCUCGUUGAAGCUGCCGACAAUAGCGAUCAAGUUGUCCGCGAGUACGCCGUUGACGUUCUCACUCGCUUGGCGCACUCUGCUUUGGCGUUUGAGCAGCGGCCCACGCCGUUGGUGGACGAUCUUGUCCUCCAAGAGACCAUUUUGAGCAGCCUGUUGCAAAUCUCACCCCUCACCCACGCCGACGUGCGGACCAAGCAACUCGAGUGCCUGUUGCUCAUUCUCCAUUCGUGUGGCCAAUCGCUCAGUCGAGCGUGGACGAUUGUCCUGGCGAUCGCAGGUGCCGCCACACGAGUGUCGGACGAAGACCUCGAUGGAUCGACGGCCGGUCUUGGCGGCCUCGCCUCUGCUUCAACCGGCUCGGGCUCUGCGAAUCUGAUCAAACUUGCCUUCCAAAGCGUCUCAUUGAUUGUUGGUGAUUUUCUGGGCAAUUUGCCUGUCGAGUGCCUGGUUCUUUGCAUUGACACCGUUGGCCGAUUUGGGCUGCAGCUCGCGGACAUGAACAUUUCGCUGACCGCGGUCGGUCUUCUGUGGAGUAUUGCCGAUUAUCUGCAAAUCCAACGCGCAUCCAUCGAAGCUCAGCUUGGCGCUUCGGCUGUCGUCGCUGCCUCCUCUCAAGACCAGUCGGCGGGAUUGCAAUCCGGCAUUACCUCGUUGGACGCGCUGUGGAUGGCCUUGUUUGGCCGUCUGGCCGACAUUUGCAUUGAUCCGCGUCCCGAGGUUCGAAAAUCUGCAUCUCAAACGCUGUUUUCCACCAUCUCAACCCAUGGCGCGCUGCUUGGUCGCUCCACUUGGCACGCCUGCUUGUGGGAUGUAAUCUUCCCGCUUCUUGCUCACAUUCAGACGUCGUCGACCAAUGCCGCCCAGAAUGGGGCCGCUGCGCCUGCCGAAGGGUCCAUCAUGGUGCAUCACUCGCGCAACACUGCGUCCAAGCAAUGGGACGAGACCAAGGUGAUUGCGCUCAAUGGCGCAGCCCAGUUGUUCUCGACGCACACUCAAAAGCUCGCUGCUUUUGAUGACUUUCCUUCUGCCUGGUCAACCCUCCUGGAAGCCAUCGAGCGAACGGCUGUUGAAGGGAGCAAGGAGGUUGCCACAGCCGCGAUCGAGAGUCUGCAGGAGAUUCUCAAGCCUCCGGCAACGGAUGACAGUAGCAGUGCCACCCCUCCAGAUCCCGAGGACGCGACGGCCACGACCAUUCCCGACAAUGUUUGGAGAGGCCUGUACCUCAAAGCUUGGGUCAGUUGGCUCAGCAUCGGGUCUGCUGUGACUGCGCUUCCAGAGUCGGGCACGGGCAAGAACGGCGCGGUCGCCUCUCCGGAUUUGUACUCGCAGCAGUAUCUGCAAAUGUACGUCGAGACAUUCUCGUUUGUGCACAGCCGGAUCAAGGCCAUGUUUUCCAUCGCAGAUGCGCGGGAGCUGUUCAGCGUUCUGACCAAGGUCCUGCUGUAUCCCAACUCGAAUGCGUAUCGGGACGCUGACAACACUUCUACCCUCCAAAACACUGUUCUUGAGGUGUUUGCUCGACUCGAGCCCACCAAUCCCGAUCUAUGGCCCAUCAUGGUGGUCGAGCUGCUGAAUUACGUGCCGUUGGCGUGGCUUCCCCUGGCAGCAGCGCCACCAUCAACGCAAUCUCCAGCCAUGCAGGCCACGCUGGACGCGGCGAUUCAGGCCGUGCAGUCCCUCCCAGCCAUGCCAGCCAACGUGCCCGGAAUUGGUCUUGCGCCAUUCCUGCCACUCGCGCGCAAGUGCCUCGUGAUUGUUGGAGAGCUCUACGAGAAGCACGCCACACUUCCGAGCAUGCUUCAGCAGAACAUUUUUUCGCGAAUAAUGAAGGUCUUGCAUCACCCGCUUGCUCUCAAGUACGCCUGCCCCUCGCAAUCGUUGUGGAGACUCGCUGUUAACUGCUUCAUUUCGGUGGUUCGACGAGGACUCAAGCUGCAACGUCCGUCCUUGCUUGGCGCUGAUGCUGUCAACGCAAUGUGGGCGGAAAUGCUCAAGAUUGUCCAGGACUUUUGGUUUUCCGACAGCGUCUUGCCGAAAGACUAUACUCUCGAGCAACGUGAGUUGGAUGAGGACGUCGAUCUCAGCGUGCUCGAACUGGUCAAGGCCGAUGUCUUCCCUUUCACGGACAAUGUCAGCCCAGCUACCUUGGCCCUGCUGAUGGAAUCUCUUCGCCGAGGAUCAGAGCCUGGGCUCACAGCCGCAGUUGCCGAUGGCGCGAGUGGACUUGCCGGCCUGAAUGCGUUGAGUGUUCCGCGCGAGCGGCUGACGAAGGCGUGCUUUGACGCGUUGCUCAUGACUUCCUUCUCCGAUUCGCCCGGCAAGGGUGUUUCCGAUGUGGCCGUCCUCGCUCUCACAACGCGAUGUAAAGACGUUCUGGUUCAGUACGUCUCGGCUGAAGGCAUCAGUGGGUCGAUGCCAUUGCCCAGGGCGCUCCUGGGCGAGGUCGCUUUCGUCCUUAAGGCUAUCGUUACCCUUAUCAACAGCUUGCAACAAGAUGCGCGCUCUGACAAACUAACCGAAGGUCGGGCUCGACAAAUUCUGAUUCAGCUCUACCCCGUUCUGGUGGACUGCGUCGCGACAAGCGACGCCAAUAUUCGAGUUCUCUUGCGCGAUGUACUGUUACGCAUUGGCACGGCUCUCAUGGUCACUGCUUGAGCAAAGCAUUUCCCAGAAGGGCAGCUGACGAUAGAAUGGCUAAAUAACAAUACAUUAUAGUUUACAUCACA